AUGGCCAUCACACCGACCCAAUUCGCAAAGACGACACGGCAGUCGGCCAACUGGAACGACGCUAAGAGGCGGGUUCUCGCUUCCUACAGAGAAUGGAUUCGAGCUGCACCUGAGAUCCAGACGAUGUACAACGUCCCCCUGCCCGUGUCCGUCCUCCGCACCCGGAUACGUGAGGAGUUUGAGCGCCACAGGUUCGCCAACAAGCUCCCCGUGGUCGAUGUUCUCCUGUUCAAGAGCCACGCCGAAUACCAGGAGACGAUGAACUUCUGGAAGCAGACCACACACGUCAUGUCUUACUUCAAGGAGGAAAACUUUAGAGGAGACAAGCGGUUGCCUAACAGCUUCAUGACCGGAUUCUUGGAGGGCCGCAACUAA